GGCGGUGGAGGAAUGGGUGGAAUGGGUGGAAUGGGUGGUUUCGGUGGCCCGGGCUUCCCUGGGGGCAUCCAGCCGGUGCAAGUUGACCCCAACCUCCUGCGUCCGGUCCACGUCGAGAUCGACCCCCAGAUCCAGCAAGUCAAAAACCAGGAGAAGGAGCAGAUCAAGACCCUGAACAACCAGUUYGCCUCCUUCAUCGACAAGGUCCGAUUCCUGGAGCAGCAGAACAAGGUGCUCUCCACCAAGUGGGAGCUGCUCCAGCAGCAGGGGCCRGUGGGGCCCAAGAAGAACCUGGAUGCCAUUUUUGAGAAUUACAUCCAGAACCUGCGCAGGAGGCUGGAGUCAACCCUGUCCCAGCGGGGGCAGCUGGAGUCGGAGCUGCAGAACAUGCGGCAGUACGUGGAGGAGUUCAAAACCAAGUGAGUGU